AUGGCUGAGAACUGUUCUUCACAGAGGAACUCGGGUAAUUCAAACAUUAAUCGUAAGAAUAACAACGUUCGGUACCAACACAAUCCAUCGACUUCAAUGCUUGAAGCGCCUUAUCUGCCGCCUGAAACUCUUCACGAAAUUUUCAAUUACGUCGGCAGCCAUGAUGCAAGGAAGCUACAUUCAUGCAUUCUUGUCAACAAGUCUUGGUGUGCGAGUGCUGUUCCGAUAAUGUGGAAGAGACCAUUUGAGAUAGCCUCAGUGAUGAGUUCCGCGAAACUAAUUGCAACAUAUUUCAUGUUCUUCUCUCAGAAAACUAGAGACUAUCUUAAGAAUUCUCACAACAUCGAUAUAUCGUUGGACUCAUCGCACCGACAACCAUUCAUAGAUUAUGUGUUACUCUUAAGACACAUCGACUUUAGAAAGAUUUAUCGGGCGGUACGCAUCUGGAUCCGGCAUAAGUCAUUGCAUGAACCUUUUGAUCUGGAAGUGAAGAACAAACAGAUUGAACAAGCGAAUUGUCUAAUAAAAGAACUUGGGAAGCUGUUUACCAACGGAUCAGCCCGAGUUGAUAUUCUCUCGCUCGACAUUAGAAAUUUCGAGCACGAUGCAGAUAGUAACAGAAUCGAAUUCAUGUCUUGGCCCUGCUCUUCGGAACAAUAUAAUUCUUUAUGCGAUCUUCGAGAGUUCGUAUGUGGCGGCAAAUUCUCCAAGAAUAAAAUUAUAUCCAAAUUAACAGGACUUUGCAGGGACCUCGAGUCAAUUUCUCUUGAAGAUUCUGCUGACACCACGCCGAAAUUUUUGGCAGAUUUUAUUUGGAAUCAGCGAAGGUUACAAAAAUUCACACUAUCUAAUUGGAAAGGUGAAUGGGACUUAACGUGUAUUGCCACGCAGGCAAAAACUCUUCGACACAUCGAGUUUAUCAGAUGCAAAUUUCCUAAAUCCGAAAAAAGCAAACAUUACUUUGAUAGACUGGCUCAGUGUUAUAACUUGGAAACCAUGAAAUUUGAACAAUGCAAAAAUCUUGGAACAAAAUUAAUGAGACCUUUGGCACAAAUAGAAUUUAAAAAUCUGCACACAUUACACAUCGACAACGAUCCAGGCCCAGAUCCACCAACCACCGAGAUACAGUCUAUAAUAGUGAAUUCCAAAGAUUCGCUAAAGGAAAUUAUCCUUAAUGUGAAACUUUCAUUGUACACUGAUGUAUUGGACACCAUAUCAGCCAACUGUCCAAAACUUUCGAAAUUGAGCGUCGUCAUAGAAAGCGACCGUGAAAUGCGACAGUUGAUCAUGUUGGUCAAUCAUUGUACCCAGAUAUUGGAGUUAAUAAUUCCAAGAAAAUGGAUUUUGAUAGAAAUGAAGAAGCCGCUGCUAGAACUGGGAGCAGUAAUACCACCAAGUUUGAAAAAAUUGGAACUGUGUGGUAUCAGAUUCGAACUUACCACAUGGGACGAAUUUUUAAAUCUUUGUCCUGGAUCCAUAAACUCUUUUGUGUUCAAUUGUUUCAGGCAGAAAACGUAUAUAUCAUCUGUGGAGAAGUACGCAAACAGGCAUAAUAAGGUUGUGAAGUCCGAGAAUAUUGUGGAAAUGUAUUGGCUACCCGAACAUGUUUCCAUGGAACUAGAAUAG